CGAGCCGUAUUUACGCCUCGAGAAUCUCAAUUUCGGUCAGGCCACGAAAGACCCUGGCGUCCCGUAGGGGAGAAAACGAAAAAGGAAGAAAUAUCUUGCGACACUCGCCGGUCUCCACCUAGCGGAGAGAGAAGGAACCACGUGGAGGCUGGUCUCCUAUCCCCAACAUGGCGUCUUUGGUUUCUGAGGAGAGGGAUGUGUCGGAGAAGUUCACGUAUCCAUGCCUUCUGGAGCUGGUUUCAGCAUUAGCCUACGUUGUCAUUCGUUCUCAGGAGUGACUUCUUCCACGAAGAUAUCGUACACCUACUUCACGAACUCAUGGAAUGUGUCUUUAGCUAGAUUCCGGAAACUCGUGGCCCUUGGAACGAUUUUACUAUUUUCAGGACAUGGAACGUGAUUGUGUCCAAUAUUUCUUUUCAAGUACAUGCCUAGCCUAGGCUUUAGGCCCUGUUGAACGAUUGGCGGAAGCCUAUUUUGCUGGGGAGAGGAGAGACGGAUGAAUUUUGACCGAUCAUUGCCUGCAUCAUAACCUUUAACAGUGGUCAAGGACUAGUGUAAUGGAGCAGUCAUUAUGCUUUGUAGGCCUACAAAGCUUUGAAUCGGAGUUCCCAAAGGGAAUGGAAAGUUUAGAAACCCCAUUCCCUGCAGUGUGUGGUGAACAUUUGCAACGCAAAGGGAAAGUGAGUGAAGGUAUUGUGACUCUGUCCAACUACAGACUUCUCAUCCAUUCCCCAUCCACAACUCUCAGCAUUCCGGUUGGACUCAUUGAGCAAGUCGAAACACGUGAUAUCUUCUUUCUCCACAUUCACUGCAAGGAUGGACGAUCUGUCAGGCUAACAUUUGAGCGGAAUGAAAGUUGUCAAGACUGGUGUAGAGUCCUGUCAUCGACAAUAUCAGGUCCCCGGGCUCUUCAGGACAUCUUUGCAUUCCACUUCUAUGAAGCAUGUCAAGAAGAAUCCCCAGAUGACCUCCAUGGAGUUUUUACUCUCAACAGCAACAGCCUUCCAUGUGCUGAUUACCUCACCAAUCUUCAAUCUGAGGUAGAUGAUGAGCAUCAAGUGUUCCCUUGUAUGGAAGAGAGCAGCUUCCAGUGCCAAAUUUGGAUGGAGAGAAUGGGAUUUGACCUGGAAGGAGCAUGGAGGAUAAGUCCAGUAAACAAGAACUAUGCCAUAUGUUCCACAUAUCCUGAGCAUCUCUUAGUGCCCUUCUGCAUCACAGAUGCUGUCUUGGAGAAGGUGGCACAUUUCCGCAGCUCAGGACGUAUUCCUGCUGUGGUGUGGAGGCAUAAAGGGAAUGGUGCAGUGUUGGCAAGAUGUAGCCAGCCAGAGGUGGGAUUGCUUGGAUGGAGAUCAAAUGAAGAUGAGUCCCUCAUCAAGGCAAUUGCAGAUGCAUGUGCAUGGAACACACCUCUAGAACCCAGCCCUGGAGGAGAGAGGCAGAAGAGCUCUAGUGAGAGUUCUACUUCCACAGAUGAGCUAGUCAAUGGAUAUGCUACCCUCAAGGAUGCAAACAUCUCUGCUCAGAAGGUCCAGAUUGUGGAUGCACGAUCAUAUGCAACAGCAGUGGCAAACCGUGCACGAGGAGGAGGAUGUGAAUGCCAGGAAUACUAUCCUAAUUGUGAAGUAACUUUCAUGAACCUGGCCAACAUCCAUUCAAUUCGAAAGAGCUUCAUUUCCCUCAGGAGUGUCUGCUCCCUUCCACCAGAUCAUGGGAGGUGGGGCUUCCAGGUCCUGGUUGAGAGGGAAUGGCUUGAGUAUGGGCACAAAUUUGGUGAUCGCUGUGGUUCUGGAUUUGGAGCAGAAGAUGGAAAUGAAAGAUGUCCUGUAUUCCUUCAGUGGUUGGAUUGUGUCCAUCAGCUCAUGCAUCAAUUCCCAACUACCUUCCAAUUCAAUCUUGUCCAUCUAGAAAAACUCCUGGAGCAUGUCUACUCCAAUUUAUUCGGAACAUUCCUCUUCAAUUCUGCUCGAGAGAGGAAGGAGCAACAAUGCCCUGAAAAAACAUAUUCUGUUUGGGCAUAUGUCCGGGCCCAAACCUAUCUCUUCCUCAAUCAUCUCUAUGUGCCGGAUAAUACAGUGCUCAACCCCUCGUGCAAUGUUCGAGAUAUGGUGUUCUGGUCAGCCGUGUAUCUUUCUAGCCAGAAUGACAAGUAUAAGUCCCAAGUGGACAUAAAUCCCCCCCUACCAGGUUUGGCAUCUGACUUGACUCUGGAUUCCAAAGUUGUAUGCAUUGGACAUGGAAGUAGGCAAGGGGGUCAAGGACCUGAUGAGGAAGAGCAGGAGGAGAAAGAGAGUCCUGGGAACCAGGAAGUGGUCAUGAAUGGAGUGGGUCAUCGGCAAAGCAGCCAAACAGAUGAUGAAGAAGAAGAGGAAGAGGAGGCAGGUGGGAGGAAUGCUGAGAGUGAAAAGAUGUCCACAAACACCCUGGUGCCUGGCUCUGCUGUGAUAAACCAAGUGGACAACAGUCAUUGUGUGGUGUGCAUGAAUCGCAAGAUUGUGGAAUGCCACAAUCAUGGAGUGUCUCGGCCUCCAAGUUCGGGUUUCCCUGCGACUCCCUGUGAAGAGAAACUCCUGCCAGCUGGGGGAAACCUCAGUAGAGAGGUCACUGAGUUACUCAGGAGGAUACAUUUGGAGCCAGAAGGGAAUCACCCACAUGAUGUCAUUCAGAGGCGACUCAGAGACAUCAUUGCCUCUCAUCAGAUUGCCCAGGAGGGGUUGUCAGGUGGUGAAGAAGGGGAGGGAAAAGUGGGAGAAGGAGAGAAUAGAGGAGGGAUAGAUUCUGCAGCAACCUCAGAAGCAAGCUGGGAGGCAGUGGAUGAGAAGGAUGCAGGGCCCCUUACAUUGUGGGUCCCUGACCAUGCUGCCCCACAAUGCCAGGACUGUGGAAUGGAUUUCUGGCUGGGGCGACGCAAACAUCACUGCAGGGGCUGUGGCAGAGUGUGCUGUUCAGAGUGCUCAAGCAACAUGAUGCCCUUACCCAGAGAACAGCUGUACGACCCCGUGAGAUCGAUGAACGGCUCUGCAGGAGGCGAGGAACAGGAAUGUGGAACUCCAUACUUGAAGGAGUCGUCGUCGCAGGCCUUCGCGCUUGCGAAUACCUUCAUCCUCCGGGAUCGUAAAGCAGACGGGGAGAAGCGUUUCAGACUCUUGCCUCACGAACAAGAGUCCAGAAAAAGAAGGGAAAGUGAGAGAUGA